AUGGGUGUGGUGGAGGUGCCGUGCAAUGCGUCCGAGCACUCUGCCCUCUUCAGGCAUCUCAUUGAGCUCUGGGACGACAUCCGCUCCAAGAACGAGCCGACGUCCACUCACGUGCCCACACGGGUCCAGCGGAGCCUUCUGAUGAGCUCAGACUACAUGGUGGUCUCGCUGGCCAACAACCGCUUCUGCUUCAAGAAGGGCGUGUCACACAAGUCCAACGGCGUGUACCUGGUGAUCAAUCAAAAGCGGUGGGUGGCCUACCAGAAGUGCCACGAUGUCGCUGACUGCCCUGAGUUCCGGUCUCACGAGUUCGCUCUGCCGGAGGAGCUGCGGCCGCCCGCUGAGCCAGACGCCGUGGCCGAGGAUGCGGAUGCGGAAGGCAAGGACGAUCCCAUCUCCCAGGAGUUGUUGACCCAGCUCAUGCCAAUCGAGGACGAUCCAGUGACGCCUCCCCGACUGCCAAUCCAAAGGCGUGCGUCCAGAUCGCGGAGCGCCUCGCCCCUGGCGCCGUCGCGCAAGCAGCGCAAGCUGCGGAGGAAGAGGCAUUCACCAGAGGAUCGUUCGGCUGGGGAACCUCAGCCGAGCGGCUCCUUGCCUGAGUUGCAGUAG